AUGAGCAAGUUCAAACUCGAGAAGAAGGGCGAUUGCAGCACCAAGCAUCACCAGUCCUGUUUUACGUCUGUCUGCGCCAUGAGGGACAUGGUUGAGAUCGACCCUUGGGUGGCUGCCGCCCGCAUGAUGAAUCCUCUGCAAACCAAUUGCGUAGUCAAUGCCAUGAACGGAAUCUGGAACCAGGACGAACAACUUUUCAGUGUAGUCGAUCUCCAGCAGCACCAACCAAGACAGGUCGACGAGGACCCAGAGGACGAGAACAACGGCGGUGAUGACGUUGACGUUGAGGACCCCGUUGAGGAAGACAAUGACGGAGACUCCGGCGACUCUGAUGACGGCGAUUCUGAAGAUGGCGAUUCGGAUGAUGAGUCUGAAGACGCUGGCGACGACGACUCUGAAGGUGGUGACUCGGAUGAUGACUCUGACGAAGACGCCGGCGAUGACUCUGUCGAAGAGGACUCCGACGAUGAUGACACUGACAAUGAUUCCGAUGAGAAUACUCAAGAUGAGGACAGCGAUAACGAGGAGGAGCCCCAGGACGAGGAGGGGGAUGAAAAUGACGGCGAUGGACAGGAAGAUCCCCAGGACGAGGACGUCGAUGACAGUGACGACGGUGACACCGGCGACGAGGACUCGGAUGACAACGACGCGGGUGACGAGAACGCUGACGACGAGGAUGACGGCAACAACCAGGGUUCUGAGGACCAAGAGGAGCCUGAUGGUGGGUAUCCCGGCUUUUGGUUCUGA